UGGGAUCGUGCGGGCAGCGAUCGAGAAGUUCUAUCAGUUUUAUGCAACACUUGUGGGAACGCAACAUUGUGGCGUUGAUAAAAACGCAUAGUCCAUAAAACCAGCGCGGCUGAAGACCAACAAACACUUGUUAAAAUUGACACUCAAAGAUAUUUGUUUUGGAGGUCAAUAACAGUCUUUUAUACAGUGUGACAUCGACCGCAUAAGACGAUCGUGUGCCGGCUGCUGACUUCUCUUUUCGGCGGUAACAAUUUUGGGAUUUCUUCGAGACCCUAAUUAACUCGUAUUUAAGGCAGGAACAGGGCGUGGGUGCUGAAAAGAGGUGUUGAGAGACUCGUAUGGAGAUGUAGGCAGAUCGCGUGCUGGCUCGCCUGAUAGCAACACCAUUCUUAAGAGGCUUUCGUCGGCGGAGCUGGCUCAGUACCGCCCUAGACGCUGUCGCGAUCGUGAUGGACGUGUGGACUUGGCUGCUGCUCCUAAAUCUUUUGAGAGUGAACGUUGCCAAGGGCCUUUACGAUCAGUGCAACCACCAGGUGAAGCUGCAAUCGGGCCAGAAACUGCUCAUCAACUCGCCCUAUUACCCGGCUCUCUAUCCCAGAGGCACUUCCUGUCGUUAUGCGGUGGAGGCUCCCAAGGAUCAGGUGCUGCAAUUCAAAUGCGAGCUCCAACUGCAGACGCUUUCCACGGAUUUGAAAUGCCGCACGGAGGUGUUCCACUUCAAUUCCGAAGGCGACGAGGUGUUAACAAGUUCGGAAUACUUUUGUGGCAGCGGAAAAUUCGAGCGCAAAAGUUUUCUCAAUCGUGCGGUGAUUUCGUACAUAUCCAAUGGACAUUCGGAGCCGCCCUCCGCCGUCAAGUUAAAGGAUAAACUCACGGCGGGCGCAACUACUAGCACAACUACGCAUGCACCACAAGGUGUUUCCAUAGAGGAACAGGACGCUGAAGAGGCUGAGGUGGAGCCUGGGUUGCCGGAGGAGUCGGAGGACCCAGAGGAAUCCGAGGAGGACCUAAGCGACGAGGUGCUGCACGUGCUGCAGGAUGUGGGCGUCAGCGAUGCCUUGGCCUAUGUGGCCUCCUUACUUUACGAUGACGAAGAGGCCAGAAAGUCCAGAACUACGACUAUUUACCUCGACGCAUUGCCAAUUCGCAGCAGUUCAAAGACUUCCGGAAAACGUGCCCGGAUUGUUACCACCUACCCCCUCGCACCGUCCACUCGCCAGGGAGGAGGACGCUUCACCUGCCUCGUCGAGGCCAUUCAGCCCACGUGCAGCUGCGGCUGGAGCCGCAUUCCCCGGAUAGCCAGUCCCACCAACGAGGAGGCAGUCCUGCACGAGUUCCCGCCCAUGGCCGGUGUGCUGACCAAGAAGCACGGAAAACUCUUCUGCGGCGCUGCCAUCAUCCAUCACCACUACUUGCUGUCGGCUGCGCACUGUUUUCUUGGCCCGGAGACGAGCAGUGCCGCCCAACUGCGUGUGGUGGUGGGCGAGCACGACUUGGCCAGUGCCUAUGAGACGUUCGCCACCCGUCGCUACGACCUUGUGGCCCUGAUCCUGCACGAGGCGUUCAGCCAGGCGAGCGACGGACAGCCGAGGAACGACAUCGCCCUGCUAAAGACACGUUCGCCGAUCAUGUGGAGCAUGAAUGUGGGUCCUGCCUGCCUGCCACUGCAGCCGACGGAGGAUGGCCGAAAACUUCCACUGGCCGGUCACCAGGUGGUCGCCGCCGGAUGGGGCACCACUUCGUAUGGCGGACCACAGACCCACCGCCUGCUGAAGGCCACAUUGGACGUGAUCGAUGGGCAGCGGUGCCGGCAGACCUUGCUCUCCGCCGGCGGAGUACCGCCGCACACCUUUUGCACCUACACUCCGGGCCGGGACACCUGCCAAUACGACUCGGGCGGGGCUCUCUACGAGCGGAUCCAUGGACGGCUGGUGGCCGUGGGCAUCGUCAGUUUUGGCCAGGCCUGCGCCACCCAACAGCCGUCGGUCAACACGCGAGUCGCCUCCUUCAUCAAGUGGAUUCGGACCAAAAGCCCCGAGGUGGCCUAUUGUCCUGGCCGGAUAUAAGACCAGCAACUACUCUGAUUUAUGUACAGUAUUUAUAGUAAGGCUAAGAAAGUCGUCCAAAGUUAA